AUGUCAGAUGAUGAGAAUGAAGAUUAUGUUGGAGCACUAGAGAUAUUAGAAGCAAAAUAUCAAACACUCUUACAAACAUUUAUAGAGAGAAGAAUCAUUGAACAAAAAACUGUAGAUAAUAUCGUUGCAUGUAUAAAUAGACAUUAUGGAGAUAGAGAAGCUUCAAGCGAAUACAUACGUUCUAUAAAUUCAACAAUCAUCAGUUUAAACUUACAGAUAAAAGAUUUGAGAACUAGCGAUAAACAUUUUUGGUGUCUGGUCAACUUGAAACCAGAUGAAUCAUCGAAAUUGACUACAAACUACAAUGCAAACGAAACUACUUUAUUUAAAUUAACUGUAUGUCUGUUUAUAAACAACCACCAAAAUGAUUUAAUAAUGGAAACACUCAUUGCCAAUGGAGGUGAGGCAAAGUCUAGUGAAUGUAUAAACCUGGCGAAUCGUGCAGCGAUUUCACUCUCAAUGGCAGAGAUGACCCUCCAAAAAUUCAAAGUAGACGGUUGGCUAAAAGACUCUGGCACCACAAUGAUUUCACUUACAGAGAGAGCUAUACUCGACUUGAAUCCGAUCUUGACUGAACUACCGCAUUGUCAACUAUGUAAACAAAUAGUAUUACCAGUAAAUGGAGUUGUAGAAGAAUGUAUGAAUUGUCAAAUUAGAUUACAUCCACAUUGUUCAAAUCAAUAUUUCAAAAAGACUGCCAAUUGUCCGGCAUGUAAACAAAGAUUCAAAUAA